CGCUGCGAUGGAUCAACCGCUUUGCCGCUCCGUGCUCAUCACCGGCGCCAACCGGGGCAUCGGCCUGGGCUUGGUCCAGGGGCUCCUGGCUGCCUCCCCCUGCCCAGAAGUCAUCAUCGCCACCUGCCGGUGCCCUGAAAGCGCUCAGGAGCUGCAGAAACUCUGCAAGCAGUACAGCAACAUCAGGGUUCUGCCGCUUGACGUGGUUUCCGAAAACAGCAUCAAGGAAACGGUCAAGAAGGUGGAAGACAUUGUUGGGGAGAAAGGGCUGAACUGCCUGAUCAACAACGCCGGCAUCAAUGUAUUCGGCUCUCUGGAAGAUGUCACCAUGGAAGCCAUGCUCACGACCUUCAAGACUAACACUGUUGCCCAGCUAAUGCUCUCCAAAGUAAGAACACAGUCGGUAAAUCUGGCAUCUACAGUGUUUGCCUGGGGCGAUUAGUCCUCUGCCGCAGGCGAACAGCC